AUGGUCAAACCGAAAUCUGGUAAAAAAGUUGUAAUUUUCAAAUUCCAAGACCAAGUGAUAUCCGGAAGCUUACCGUGCCCGAAGGAAGAGGCUGCUUAUCUCGCAAGUAUUCAAUUGUCUGUAGAAGAACAAUGGCCAAGUAACAAAAGAACUCAGACAAUCAGGAGGCAUCUAUUGAAAGGACAAUUUGGUCGGAUAAGAGAUCUCGCUCAAAAAAUCAUGGUUACUCCGUGGGAAGUUGAUCAGAAUCUGUAUUGCACACCACCAAGGUUUCCAAAUGAAUCUGCAAAUGCAAGUAGAGCUCAAUCGGUAGUUGAGGAGAUUCAACAUAGAUCCAGAACUCCCACACUGUUGAGAUGUAUCACUAAUACAGAUGGAUUGAUGUCAGAGGAGAUGCAAGCCCAAUGUCUUCCAGUUGAUCUACGUGGAGAUCGUAGAACUAUCAAACUUGUCAAGGAUAGAAAACGUAAAUUAUUCCACAGUCAAGUAUACGAGAGCGAGAUUGGAAUGAAAAAAUUGUACAUUCAGACCGCGAAAAAACUAGCUGCAUUCGGUUGUAAGGUUUUUCAAGUCAAGGAAUUACUCCACGGCCGAACUCUUCGAAAAACUCUACGACUUCUCUGCCUAUCAUCUGCUCAAUUGUGUCUACUAGACGGAUCAACAAAACUUGUACUGAAAAGACAACACGCGUCUACCCUACAACAGUGGAGAGUUGGUGGAGGAGUGAGCAAGCAUCAAUUGCUGCUUGAAUUCCGUGGAACCAAGUGGCAACUCAUUGCGCCAUCGUAUAAUGCACUGAAAUCGAUAUCAAUGACAUUAUGGGAGAUUAUGCAAAAUUCUGCUAGCAAUUCAAUCCAGCGGAGUCUCAACCAGUCAAUGCAUCGUUCGCACACCGAAGCGACCGUCUGUUCAUUUGGAUUGCAAUAG